GCGGCGACAUAAUGUGUGUUAGUGAUCCCUCCCCCUCCCCAGGAAGUGGAAAGGGCUGAGCUGUUCCUGCAGGCUGAAUUAAGCAGAUUUAAUUCACUUCUAUCCUGUGUGUGAACUCAUCAGCGGACUGCGCUUCUGUGCCCCCGGCGUUGCGUCUGUGCGGUCCCAGCCUGCGACUGUGCGCGUGUAACUCAAGCAAUAGGAGAGACAGAGACACGGUCAAGGGAGUAUGUUACCAAGUUGAUUGCUGCAGUAUGAACACUUUAAAGAAUCGCCUGUUAGACCUGCAGAUACUUCAAAUUAAAUAAUACUCUGGGAAGAGCUCAGAAAACAAACUCCUUGCUGACUACAAGAAAUAAUGAGUAGGUGAUGAUCGUUCGGAAUUAAUCCCGGCAUCAGCUGUCAUCUGUGUCUUUUCUGCCAAAUGAGAUGCGGUGGCACUUACACAGUAUGCUGGUUGGAUUCAAACCAAUGGAGCAGAUCCACUUCUCUUAGCCUGCAAAAAUAUGACAACAGCUGGAGACUUCAGCCUAAAGAUGCCUAAUGCCUUGAAGAACAAAUUGGAAUGUGGGGAAGCCUCGGUGCACCUUAAGAGCCCCUGCUUCUGAUUCUUGGUGAUCUCUGCACAAAGAAAGGACGGGACUCCCACAUCCUUCUGUGAGAAUAAAGGACUCAGCCUAGCAGAUUAAUACAGCCCUCUGUCCGCUGCCCUUUCUGCAUUUAAAGAGAAUAUUUACCAAAAAAAAAAAGUGUUCUUUAAUGAGCUGUAAGAUGACGAGCUGUUGGUAACAGUCAGAUUUCAGGACUCGGCUGCUAUUGUUUGUGCUUGAUGCACAUGUUUCUGCACAGUGUGUAUAAGAAACACAAGAAGGGAAUCCAAAACGGCUGCGGGGGAACAAUCGCCAAACAUGCCUACAGAAACACUACAGGCAGGUAGCAUGGGGAAACCUAUUAGCCCAGCUGUUACUUUCACAUCUGCUGUCCCCCUCCGAAUACUCAACAAAGGACCCGACUACUUCCGUCGGCAGUCCGAGCCUAAUCCCAAAAGGCUCAGCGCAGUGGAGAGACUAGAAGCUGAUAAGGCAAAAUAUGUCAAGAGCCAAGAGGUUAUUAAUGCCAAACAGGAACCUGUAAAGCCAGCAGUCCUUGCAAAACCUCCCAUUUGCCCCGGAGCCAAAAGAGCUCUCAGUAGCCCGACCAUGAAGAUGUUUAACAACAAUGCAAAGACUGAAAACUGUGUACAAAGAGAGAAUUUGAAGCUAGAAAUACUUAAAAACAUUAUUAACAGUUCUGAAGGCUCUAGCACGGGUUCCACGCAUAAACAAAGUUCCCGAAAUUGGCCUCCAAACAGGUCCGACUCCGCUGACCUCAAUCGGCAUUCUUUCGCGGAAUCCUUGAAAGUCUACCCUACACAGACACACGGCAGCCCUCAAGACAGCAACUCCAACAUCAGCAGGAGGUUUCUGGAAAAGACCACGGAUACUUUUUUACAUGUUUCUCACAGUUCCUCAGACAUUAGGAAAGUGACCAGUGCGAAACAGAUCAAAGCAAUACCGUGCAGCAGCUCAGCCGCCCCACCGCUGCCUCCUAAACCCAAGCUUGCCCCUCUUUCCACCUUAAAGUCACCAGAGAAUGACACUUUGGAGUCAGGAUGUGGCGUCAGUCGGAGGCCUUCGCUGCAGCGGUCCAAGUCGGAUUUAAGUGACCGAUAUUUUCGAGUUGACGCGGACGUGGAGCGUUUCUUUAAUUACUGCGGACUGGAUCCUGAAGAGCUUGAAAAGCUCGGAAUGGAGAAUUUUGCAAGGGCUAAUUCCGACAUCAUUUCUCUAAACUUUCGCAGCGCAAGCAUGAUCAGCUCGGACUGUGAGCAGUCUCAGGACAGCAACAGUGACCUUAGAAACGACGACAGUGCCAAUGACCGCGUCCCGUAUGGCAUCUCUGCAAUUGAAAGGAAUGCCAGGAUCAUCAAGUGGUUGUAUAGCAUUAAACAAGCCAGAGACUCCCAGAAAGUGUCCCACGUGUAAGAGCGAGACAGCCGUGAUGCCACGAGAGAGACUAAAACUUGUGUCUGUGAAUAGUCAGUUGUGAAGGGUUGUUAAGUCUACUUGAAGUCUUUGUAAACUUUUCAGACUGCUCUGUGUUGCUUGUUGUGCAAUGUUUUCAAGUUGCAUGCCUGUCAACAGGUAAACUGACCUGGCUUCCACUUGAACAAUCACUACAAAGCCUACUUUAAUUCGCUCACUUGCUGCCAAAAGUUUAAGACUCAAGUCCAGACGGCUUUGUGUUUUUUUAUAUUUUGAUGCUACACUGUUUACAUGACAAUGAAGGGUAGAUCUCAUUUCCUUAGAAGUCAUUACUUUGUCUUACACACACAAACACACAUUGUCAUUGGUAAUUUUGUUUUAUCUGUUUUAGUUUCAAUUGCAAACUGUCAGGUGUUUGCUCUCGCAAAAGUUUGUUUUCGUUAUUUAAAACCAUACUAGUAAUAAUAUAUUUAGUUCAAGAGUAGUUUCGUUUUAUCUUCUAGUCGUUAUUUUCUACCUGGACAAUCUUCGUUAAAUAGGGCUUGGUCUGGGACAGAAAAAAAAGGACAAGCUUUGGGCUCCUUGGGUUGGCUGAACAAAGGGGUAACAGCCCUGGUACCUUAAAUAACAGUUCAGUGUAAAAAUAAAAAUGGGGUAAAUAGACAGGCUGUGCAAAAUAAAAAUGUUUCUAAUAUAGCCAAAAAUUUAAUAUAUAAAGGUUGGGGUGACUG